GUUAAUCAAUACAAAUGUAGAGAAAAAUAGAGUGCUAUAACAAAGGACUAUUUAAUUCAAUGUCAUAAUUUGAACCUAAAUAUAGACCCAACGGUAAGACUAGUUUAGGUACUGGAUCUUUCGGAACAGUUAAUUUGGUGUAGAAUAUCAAAUCAAAACAACUUUAUGCUAUAAAAUCCAUUUAAUAAUGCAACAUACAAACUCCAUAUGAAUAGGAAGGAGUUGAAAGAGAAAUUAAAGUCCAUUUAAAAUGUCGACAUCCAAAUAUAGUUAACCUAUAUGACAGUUUUAUUGAACAAGGGAAUGUGUAUAUGGUAUUGGAGUAUGCUGAAAAUGGGAAUCUUUAUAAUUAUGUACAAAGAAGAAAGAGAUUGGAGGAAAAGGAAGCCUGCAAAUACUUCAUAUAGACUUGUAAAGCAUUGUAAUAUUUACACGAAAUGAAUGUUUUCCAUAGAGAUAUUAAGCCUGAAAAUUUGUUGCUUGAUAAUAAUAAUGACCUCAAAUUAUGCGAUUUUGGGUGGUGUGCUGAGAAUAUCCAUCUAAAAAGAAAGACGUUUUGUGGAACUUAUGAGUACAUGGCUCCAGAAAUAGUAUCUGAUUUGCCAUAUGAUUAUAAAAUAGACAUUUGGUCAGUUGGAGUACUAUUGUAUGAAUUAUUGCACGGUUAUGCUCCAUUCAAAGGAAAGGAAUAUAAGGAAAUAGCAUAAAAUAUAAAGAAUGGUUUGAUUCGAUAUUCUAGUACAAUUAGUUAAGAUGCAUAAGAAUUGAUCAAAAAUAUUUUACAAAAAGAUCCCUAAUCAAGACUAUCUUUUAAGGAUAUUUACUAAUCUGCUUUUGUCUAGAGAUGUUUUCCUUAAUAAUAAGGAUGUAAAAUUAAUUAAAUUAUAUCAUAGAAUUGA